AUGUUUGAUUCCUUUGGUGGGGAAUGCAGGGUCAGUAAGGACAGCGAGGGAGACGAGGGGGGACAGGAAGAGAACCAAUCAGAAGAGAGAGCUAUUGUAGACGAUGUUGUAUUGGUGGUAGGACUGAACAAGGUGGAACUACGCUGCAGUUGGUACGUCCUGGCAGAAGCAAGUCAGUACUUCAGGGACAUGUUCUGUGGUCGUGACUGGAAGGAGAGCAGGGAGAAAACAGCUGUGAUCUCUGACGUAGAGCCUGACGUCAUGACGCUCGUCCUGAAAGCGGCCUACGGAAUGAAGAUCGAGGAACGAGAGCUCCAGGGCCUGAUGGCGGCCCGACCACGCCCCUGCAGUCUCGUUCCCAGCCUGUUCAUAGCCGCCGACAGGUUUCAGUUCACUGCCCUGAAAGAACAGUGUGAACGGCGGCUUAUUGCCGAGCUGGACGAACUGAACUGUGUCCCUCUCUGGCACCUGGCUAGACGGUUCUCCGCUACAUGGUUGGAAAACAAGGCCCUGUCUCUGAUAUCCCGAGAAACGGUUAAAGCGAACGAGCUCCGAAUUUCUGCCAUGUUACGGUCCAUUCGAGCUCGAUGACAUGAUACCAAAUCGUUUUUAACUAGUAAUGAUUCCAUUUGGCUCACUCUAAAAUAACGGAAUUUAGAAAGGCAGAUACAAUACACAGUGACAAAUGUCUUGUAUUUAAACAAAGCAGUGAAAU